AUGCGGCCCAUUUUAUUUCAGAAAGCAGAGGCUGCAGGUCCUGGGGUCAAGCUGGAGAGGUCUGAAGGAGAGGAGGACACACAGCACAGCAGAGACAUCCAGUCUGGAGCAGUGGCUGGAGUGGCGCACCCUGUAGUCACGGAAGACCUCGCCACCGCUGCAGCGCCCCAGACCAGGACCGGACGCAGCAUCACGGAGGAGGAAGAGGGUCCAGAGAUGCUGCUGGUGAAGGAGGAGGGCUGUGAGGAGGGUCUGGGGAACCCAGAGGGGACCAUGGUCAUGGAGGACAACCAGACUACACCUCCUGACCCCACAGAGGAACCAGCUGAGCAGCACAGGACCACACACAGUCUCACUGAGUCAGUCGACAUGGAGGAUGGGAAGCCUGAUCUGCUGCUGGUCAAAGAGGAGACAAUAGAAGACGUACCAGAGAGCAUUGACCUGCUGAGUGGACUAAAGAUGGGGGAGCAAGGUUGUUGGCUGGAGGAUAACAGAGGAAACUGGGCGGCCAUCAUGGAUUCCCAGACCGGUGCAGCCAAGGGCCCAGUGGACAACAUCACCAAGCAGGCCAGGACCAGAGGUGACAUAGUGGAGGUCAGUGGAUGGGACAGCGUCCUCAACUCUGGGCUGGGGAACAACACUGUUAACCACAAUCAGAAACAGACAGUCGAACAAAAAACAACAUCUGAACUUAGUCUCCAUGACAACAGACUGGCUGAGACCAGGGCGAGGCGUAGAUUUGGUCUCCAUGGAUGUGGAGGUGUCCGUAUACAGCUGGAGAGAACAGACACAGACUCGGCUGGCGAUGCUCCGUCCUGCUACUAUAGUUGUGAUUCAGAGAGACUGAUGGCACCUCCGGUUAACCCCCUAACAGGUGCUGCCUUCAGCCUGCCUUCUAUAGGAUCUAUCAACUGGAACAUUGACCCUGCGACAACACAGACACUCCCUGGCCUUAAUCCUCCUCACACUCUCCUAAUGUUAAACCAGACCUCAGACAAUGCCAGUGUCUCAACACCAAAUGGCAACACAAGCCCAUUGACAAAUGACGGUAGUAGAGACAGAAUCAGUAAAGGUGGCAGCGCCAAAGAGAAGCGCUUCCUGUGUUCGUUCUGUGGGAAAGCCUUCAGUUUCCCCAAUCAGGUGAAGAUCCAUCAGAGGAUGCACACGGGGGAGAAACCAUUCGGCUGUCACUUGUGCGGGGACAGCUUCUCCUAUUUAUCUAGCCUGAAGAGGCACCAGAGAGUCCACACAGGGGAGAAACCAUACAGCUGCCCCCAGUGUCAGAAACGGUUCUCCCACCAGCACCGCUUGAAGAUACACCUGAAGAUCCACACGGGAGAGAGGCCAUUUGCCUGUACGCACUGCGGGAAGAGGUUUUCAGAGAGGAGCUACCUCAGGAUACACCAGCAGAAAAUGCACACGGCCCAUGUAUAGAUUAUUGUGACAUGUAAUUUAGCUAGUUUGUUUGUAGUUAAUUAUGUUGGUUGUGGAUGUAUAAGGAACUGGAUGAGGUGAACUGAGGAAAGAAUGAGUAUGAUGAGGCAGAGUAGAUGAUAUGGUGAUGGUUUUUGUGAUGGGUGUCUGUAAAAAUGCUUCAAUGAUGAAAAGGUUGAUAUUGGUAUGUUAUUAUGAAAUAAUGAUAGUGCCUUAAUUCAUGUUUACUUGUCAUGAAGUAGUGAAGAUGUGCAUAAUGUGAUGUUGAACCUUUUCCAAAGUCUUCUAAAAUUAAUUUGAUCAAAGCGAGUCCACCAGAUUUAAGGAAAAAGGUAAUGAGAAAAGUUAUUCUACUUGUCACAUGUAUUGUUUUGCGUAACAAAAGUACUGUACUUCAUGUUUGGUGAGUAUAUGCCCAUGUUGCUGAAAUUAAAUACAACCUGACUCUG